AUGGGUGGACCAAUUGCCGCAGUCGUCCUCAUCCAGGCGGCGUUUCGACCCCGCGUCAUUGCGGGAGGUAUCAUAGCCUGUCUCAUCUAUCUGGCGGCAGAGGCAGCCAGAGUGGCCGAAUACGCAAACACUGUUUGUUCUCUUUUGACGGUACUCUUGGCGGCACUCACUACGUCUUUAUCAACGAGCUCUUCCCCACUCACAUACGUACCAAAGAUGUCGCUAUCAGAGCAGCUGCCAUCAGCCUAG